AUGAGCGUGGAGUGUCGCCGCUUUAAAAACCCCCACCGCUGUCCCUGCGGAGAUCGGGGGCAACAAGCUGCAGCAGCAUCUGCAUCGCUCGCCCACCUCCCGCUCCGCCUGCUGAGGAGGAGGAGCGCCGGCCGGCCGGAUCCACAGCUGAAGCAUCCUCCACCCAUGGCGGACGUGCAUGAACCUUUGGUGCGCCGCAAGAGGAAGAAGGUUUUGGUGGACUACUUGGUGCAGUUCCGAUGGAUCCUUGUGAUCUUCGUGGUCCUUCCUAUUUCAUCUCUGAUCUACUUCAAUAUCUUUCUGGGCGACAUGUGGUCUGCCAUGAAGUCAGAGAAGAAGCGCCAGAAGCAACACGAUGAGAAUGUGCAGAAGGUUGUGAAGCGGCUCAAGCAGAGGAACCCAAAGAAGGAUGGUCUUGUUUGCACAGCCAGGAAGCCCUGGAUUGCUGUUGGCAUGCGCAAUGUGGACACAAGCAUUGACAAAGAGAGGAUGGUUGCCAAGGUUGAGCCCCUUGUAAACAUGGGUCAGAUAAGCAGAGCUACCUGCCCAAUGAACCUUGCCCUUGCAGUCAUCGCUGAGCUUGACGACCUCACUGUUGGUGGGCUCAUCAAUGGCUAUGGAAUUGAGGGGAGCUCUCACCUCUAUGGCCUUUUCUCUGACACGGUUGUUGCAAUGGAAGUUGUUCUUGCAGAUGGCCGGGUUGUUAGGGCCACCAAGGAUAAUGAGUACUCUGACCUUUUCUAUGGCAUUCCCUGGUCCCAGGGAACACUUGGGUUCCUUGUCUCUGCUGAGAUCAAGCUGAUUCCCAUCAAGGAGUACAUGAAGCUCACCUACAUUCCAGUGAAAGGGAGUCUGAAGGAAAUCGCGCAGGCCUAUGCUGAUUCUUUCGCGCCAAGAGAUGGUGACCCAGCAAAGGUCCCUGACUUUGUUGAAGGAAUGGUGUACACAGAAAGUGAGGGUGUCAUGAUGACUGGUGUGUAUGCUUCGAAAGAAGAGGCGAAGAAGAAGGGCAACAAGAUCAACUGCGUGGGGUGGUGGUUUAAGCCCUGGUUCUACCAGCAUGCUCAGACAGCGCUCAAGAGGGGCGAGUUUGUGGAGUACAUCCCAACAAGAGAGUACUACCACCGCCACACCCGGUGCCUGUACUGGGAGGGAAAGCUGAUCCUGCCAUUCGGUGAUCAGUUCUGGUUCAGGUUCCUGCUGGGUUGGCUCAUGCCACCAAAGGUGUCUCUUCUGAAGGCGACUCAGGGUGAGGCUAUCAGGAACUACUACCAUGACAACCAUGUGAUCCAGGACAUGCUGGUGCCGCUGUACAAGGUUGGAGAUGCUCUCGAGUUCGUGCACCGCGAGAUGGAGGUGUAUCCUCUGUGGCUGUGCCCUCACCGCCUGUACAAGCUGCCCGUGAAGACGAUGGUGUACCCUGAGCCUGGGUUCGAGCACCAGCACAGGCAGGGCGACACAAGCUACGCGCAGAUGUUCACGGACGUGGGCGUGUACUACACUCCUGCUGCGGUCCUAAGGGGAGAGGAGUUCAAUGGCGCGGAGGCGGUGCACAGGCUGGAGCAGUGGCUGAUCGAGAACCACAGCUACCAGCCACAGUACGCGGUGUCGGAGCUGAAUGAGAAGGACUUCUGGCGCAUGUUCGACGCGUCCCACUAUGAGCACUGCCGGCGCAAGUAUGGGGCGGUGGGCACGUUCAUGAGCGUGUACUACAAGUCGAAGAAGGGGCGCAAGACGGAGAAGGAGGUGCAGGAGGCGGAGGCGGCCAUCCUGGAGCCGGCCUACGCGGACGAGGCCUAA